AUUACCACAAAAAAAAUGCAAAAGGACCACAUUGAAAGACCAAACGAUGAAAGAGAGAGCCAAACAACUUCAAAGAGACACAAAAUAACCACAAAAAGAUGCAAUACAACCACAAAGACAGAUUUAACAAUCACAAAGGGAUACAAAGCGACCACAAAGACAGACCAAACGAAAACAGAGAUCCAAACAACUGCAAAGAGACACUAAACUACCACAACAAGAUGCAAAACAAUCACAAAGAGACACAAAAUAACCACAAAAAUAUGCAAUACGACCACAAAGACAUAUUUAACGAUCACAAAGAGACACAAAAGAUGACAUAGAGACACAAAACAACUGCAAAGAGAUACAAAUUGACCACAAAGAGACGUAGCUGUGUCUUUUGUAGUCACUUAGUGUCUCUUUCAGUCUGGGUGUCUCCUAUGUAUAGAGGGUGGGGGGCCUUGUUACAUAUCUGUGCCCAGGGGCCCAGAGGCUCAUAAUCCGUCCAUGCAAAUGUGUGUGUAUCCAGGCUCUGCGCCUUCAAGUGGAAUAAAGUGAAACACUCGACAUUUAUGAGUCAGGGAGUGUAAACACUGAAGGACAGAUGUCAGUCGCCGGAUUCUUCCACUGGAACACUUCUCCACAAACCCUCCAUGACCGUCCUGUGUGACAAUCACUCCCCUCCCUCCUCCUCCUCUCAGCGCAGGAACAAAAAGACAUCUGAGCUAUGUGGAUGGGGAAGAAAAAUCACAGCACUUUGUACAGCGGCCACCGCGCUCCGGUUUCACAGAGUCUCUGACAGGCGGAGCGGUUUUUACGCAUAGCCUCCAGUCCUGCGGGGCAUUGUAGACAUUGUUUAGUAGCUGUGUAGUAGACUCCUGAGAAGACACCGGAGCAGCGCAGUCUCUGAUAACUGGAUACCUGAGUCCAAAGUAAGAGAAAAAGAGAAGCGCUUGCAUGGAGACCCGGACUGUAGCUGCGUAAAGGCGUGACGCAUGGACUUUUUAUGUUUAAGACAUAUAUUUUGACCGACAGAGCAGCGUUUUUUGGUUGUUGUUCAGAUUGAACUUCACAUUUUGACGCGUAAAAGAAGAAGGAAACAAGACUUUAAGGGUCCGCGUAAAGUCUCUCCUCGGACGUUUUCGACCUUGACUUCACUUUAAAAGUGACGCACAACAUGUUGUGAGAUAGAUAUUUCCCGCGGUGUUAUUUACUCAUUAAUCACGGGCUGCUUGGAGACAAGACUGAACAGGUUGGAGGGUGCUGAGACUCCACAAGAGACUGGCCAGAGGAAAAAGGGAUUUUUUUGGCCGCGUAAAAAACGAGGAGGAGGCGCCUCUCGCGUUGAAGCAGAACCGCUUUAGAUGGAUUCUUCAUGUUUGCUUCAGCCUCAGUGGAGACAGCCUGCUCUGGACAUUUACAAGCCGUGACAAUAAGGUGUCAAACAUGAGGCAUCGCAGCGUAUGGAUAGCCAAAAACAUGAGCUGCGCCAAGAAGCGUGGAAGAAGCGGCUCUCCUGUCCUCCCCGGUGCGCACUUGGAGCAGAAAGCGCACUGGACAGCUGGUGGGACCAGAUGGAGGGUUCGGAAGAAGGAUAGACAGGAGAUUACCUCUGUGAUGUCAGCAAAGGCCAAGGUGCUGCUCUUGGUGCUCCUCUCUCUGCUGCCUUUAGUUGAAGGAGCUCAUAUGAAAGCGGGUGCUGCUGCUGUGGGAUCAGACUCGGGCCCCGCCGUGAGUCUGCUGGCAGGCCAGGAGGAGCGAGAGCUUCCUGUGACGCUGCCAGAGGUGGCGGAGGACGAGGAGCAGGAAGACGACAGUGACCCUUACUCCACUUGGCACGCUGUCUACGACCCCUUUGUAAUAGACGAGGUGGAUGACCAUCACAGCAGUCGCUGGGCUGGACGCUCUCCUCGCUCCUCUGACCCCACAGAACCUCAACCCAAGGGUUCGCCAAAGAAAAAGAAGAGGAGAAGGAAGAAAGAAGAAGAGGAAGAGACAGGGAGAGCAGAUAGAAAGCGUAAAGGUAGGGGGCGGCAGCCGAAGCAGAGCAACAAGGACUGCCGGGUGGAGAAGAGGGAGAUGAAGGUGCGGGACCUGGGCCUGGGCUUCGACUCGGACGAGAUCGUCCUCUUCAAGUUCUGCGUGGGUUCCUGCCAGUCCUCCAGGACAAACUACGACUUGGCACUGAAGGCGCUGCUGGAGAACAGCUCCCUGCCUCAGCACAUCGCCCGCAAGGUCAGCAAACAGCCCUGCUGCCGGCCAGACCGGUACGAGCCGGUUUCCUUCAUGGACGCCCAGACCACGUGGAGGACCAUCCAGUCGUUAUCAGCCGCCAGCUGCAUGUGUAUGGGCUGAAGAAGGUGAAGAGGAGGGGUGUCAACCAUCCUGAGAGGCUCAGAGGGAGGUACUAGCAGGGAGGAGCCAGAGGGGGGCGCUGAAACACACACAGGAAGGGAUGGAGGCAGCUUGUUGGCUGCUGUGGUGUCGUUCCUGUUCAGGAGGAAGAGGUCUGGGUGCAGCUGGACGAUUGAGGUCAAAAUCAGAGACGGAGGGGAAAUUAUCACAGUCUGGAUUUAUUGUUAUGUCUUCAAAGAGUGAAUUUCUUUCAACUUAAUAACUGGUAACUAUUGCAGGAGCGGUUCAUACACAGAAAAGAGACUCCAUAUGUGACCUGAAGGCUGGAGCUCAAGAGAUAUAAAGAAUAGACACAAGUAAACGACUGACACUGUUUAUAUUCUGACAAAAAAAGACUGAUAUGAUGUUCACUAUCACUCACAGUGAAGCCUGCUCCUCUCAAAAGCUAUAUCUUUUUUUUUUCCACAUAAAAACAGGGAUAUUACAUUGUAUCGUUUCUAUGUUCAGGUGAACUCAGCCAAAUGGAUGCCAUGCAUCUUCAUGUAUUACUGUAUAAAAGUAACAUAUAUUUAUUUCUGAUAAAUUAUUUAUUUAUUAUAGCUUCAUAUGAGAGCUGUCUUUAUUAACUCUAUUGUAGAUAAAUAUCUAUUUAUUAUUGCAGAUUCAGAUUUCAUGUCGACAGUUACUUCUUCUCGCAUACAGUACAUACAUUUAUUUUAUUUUUUAGAGGUGCUCAUUUUCAUAUUUAUCCAUGAUAAACCUGGCCUGAACAGCCAAUUCUGGGCAGAAUUAGAUUAGAUGAAUUUUGGAAAGUAAUUGAGUGAUUUUCUAAAACAAAACCAUCAUCUAAAAACUCUUCUCUCUUACAUUUCGUUUCAGACAGACUUAGAAAAAAUUAAAUUCCUGGUUGUAUUUUCACGGCUCCCGUUUGUAUAAUGUAUUAUAAACA